AGGAUGGGUGAGCCAAUAAACGAGGGAUCGCGGGGAAAGGCAGCCCCAGGCGGCGGGCCCAGCCACCCCCACCGCCCCUGGGCAGGCGAGCCGGUUCCCGCCCCCGGCCCGGCUCGCGCGCGCUCUCAGCCCCGCGGCGGAACGCGAGGGCGGCGGUAGCGGUUUCCCUUGAACCAGCCGGGGAAUCUGGAGGGAGCACACAGGAAAGGCAGAGCUGCGAGCGGGACCAGCCGUGAAAAUCUCUAGAAGAUGAUGGUGUUCUUUAAAACACUUCGAAAUCAUUGGAAGAAAACUACAGCUGGGCUUUGCCUGCUGACCUGGGGAGGCCAUUGGCUCUAUGGAAAACACUGUGAUAACCUGCUUAGGAGAGCAGCCUGUCAAGAAGCUCAGGUGUUUGGCAAUCAGCUCAUUCCUCCCAAUGCACAAGUGAAGAAAGCAACUGUUUUUCUCAAUCCUGCAGCUUGCAAAGGCAAAGCCAGGUCUCUAUUUGAAAAAAAUGCUGCCCCGAUUUUACAUUUAUCCGGCAUGGAUGUGACUAUUGUUAAGACAGAUUAUGAAGGACAAGCCAAGAAACUCCUGGAACUUAUGGAAAACACAGAUGUGAUCAUUGUUGCAGGAGGAGAUGGGACACUGCAGGAGGUUGUUACUGGAGUUCUUCGACGAACAGAUGAGGCUACCUUCAGUAAGAUUCCCAUUGGAUUUAUCCCACUGGGAGAGACCAGCAGUUUGAGUCAUACCCUCUUUGCCAAAAGUGGAAACAAAGUCCAACAUAUUACUGAUGCCACGCUUGCCAUUGUGAAAGGAGAGACCGUUCCACUUGAUGUCUUGCAGAUCAAGGGUGAAAAGGAACAGCCCGUGUUUGCAAUGACCGGCCUUCGAUGGGGAUCCUUCAGAGAUGCUGGCGUCAAAGUUAGCAAGUACUGGUAUCUUGGGCCUCUAAAAACCAAAGCAGCCCACUUUUUCAGCACUCUUAAGGAGUGGCCUCAGACUCAUCAAGCCUCUCUCUCGUACACGGGACCUACAGAGAGACCUGCCAGUGGACCAGAGGAGACACCUGUACAAAGGCCUUCUUUGUACAGGAGAAUAUUACGAAGGCUUGCAUCCUUCUGGGCACAACCACAGGAUGCCCUUUCCCAAGAGGUGAGCCCAGAGGUCUGGAAAGAUGUGCAGCUGUCCACCAUUGAACUGUCCAUCACAACACGGAGCAAUCAGCUUGACCCGACAAGCAAAGAAGAUUUUAUGAACAUCUGCAUUGAACCUGACUCCGUCAGCAAAGGAGACUUUAUAACUAUAGGAAGUCGAAAGGUGAGGAACCCCAAGCUGCAUGCUGAGGGCACGGAGUGUCUCCAAGCCAGCCAGUGCACUUUGCUUGUCCCCGAGGGAGCCGGGGGCUCUUUUAGCAUUGACAGUGAGGAGUAUGAAGCAAUGCCUGUGGAGGUGAAACUGCUCCCCAGGAAGCUGCAGUUCUUCUGUGAUCCUAGGAAAAGAGAACUGCUGGCAAGCCCCACCCAGUGAGCAGGCAGAAGGCAAGUGCUCUGAGACUACACUUUAGGCCAUUGGCGGGACCAAAACAGAACAGGUGACUCAACCAUCCCAAAAGUGUUGACAGAGGGUCCCAAGGGCAUUUUCAUGGCAAGUAUGUCUCUGCCCCCCUCCAGUAGUGCUUCCCAAAGUGUGCUCUGUCACCUGCUUGGCAAUCAGCUUCCGUUAGUGCAUGUUUUAUUUUGGUGUGAUGGUCGACCCUCCUAAACACGAGCUUUCCUCAGGCUGGUUCAAGAUGGAAAAGGACUUUCUUCUGUUUUAUCCAAAAGUGCAACCACAGUGGAGAGCCCACAGUGGGCUUAGCCUGCCUAAGCCCCUCCAUUCUUGUUCUGUUCUUUGACCGUGCUAGUAAUUCCGGGGAAGUGUCUUCCUUCCCUGGUGACCCUUUCCUAGUUCUAGGCUCCUCCAUGGGUGCUGCUAUUUUGUGAGCUCCAGCUUCUGUUUAGCUUUUAUUUCAGUUCUAUCCUCAGUCCAGAAAUGUAUGUGAGGUGGUUUUCACCUCCAGCCAUGGCUAUAAUACUGUAAAAUGCUAGUUUUUAUUUUUUUAAGUAGUGCUUCCUAAAUGGUAUGCAUGAGAGCCACCUGGGAUGCAUGUUGAAAAUUUAUUUGGGGUCCACCCCAAACCUAACAACCCAAUUUGGGGAAGGGGCCCAGGAGUGUGCAUUUUUUAAAAGUCAGCCACCCUUCCCAGGUGAUUCUGUAAGUUGUCCCUCAGCCAUACUUGGAGAAAUAGUGUUUUAAAAACAGUGGUCCACAAAGUAUUCUGCUCAUGUGCCCCCCCAAAAGUAUUUUGAAAAAUCAUGUAUCCCCUCACCCAUCUAAGUUGCCACCUAAAAUUUUUCAUGGGAAGUUAAAUAGUUGACAAAGUAUGUAUUUGCUGGUGUUGUGUAAAUAUUGGUAUUUUACAAUAAAAACUGUUAUAUCGCUAUUUUAAAUAUAUUCAGUACCAUUUAAAUAUCACAACAAUUUGACACCGUUCAUUCAUUUAUAAAAAUAAAUGAGCUAGUUUUUUAGUAGUUGAACAUUUUAAAUUGGCUUCUCUCCUUCUGUAUUUCCAUACCACUUUCAGCCAAGAGUCCUGUCAUAAUGUAAUCUAUUAUGCCUGACAUCUUUUAAUCAUUCGCCCCAUUAUCUCCUUGUCAACAAAAAAGUAUAAAUGGAAAUAAGUAAGUUUUUUUAGUUCUUCUGUCAGUCCAGAACAAAUAUUAUUGGUAUAUAAUGAAAAUAUUAAUAUAAUUAUUUGAUGAUUAAAAAUUGUUCUAUUAGAAUGUUCUUUAACCUAAUUAGUUCAUUUAUCCAAGAGUACACGAAUGUUAUUUACAGCUGAGAUGGGGUUCAACCUCAGUUGUAUUCCUUGUUUCAUUUCUUUAUAGAUGUAAGCACAUAAGUUCUAUGAGAAUAGAAAGAAGUAUGUUAAUUUUGUGCAGUUCUUUGAAUUCCUUUGGAAUUUCGACAAAAAUCAUAGUGCUCUAUCAAGAAUUAUUAAUAAUGAUCUAUCAGUUAACAACUUGAUUAGAUUCUCCUUUAGUUGUUGAAGGCAGAGAACUGAAAUCCACCUGAUUUGCCAAGCCUGUCAUUGACACCAUUUACUUUUCCUACCACUGACCAAUUUUCCUUUGUUUAGUGCCCCUGAGGUUCUUACACUCUAGACGGCAGUGCACCACAGGAAGAUCAAGGAGCGAAGACUGCGAGGGGGGAAAGGGAGGAAGCAGAGCUGGCAGGCCUGAGCUAUACAGGCUUACUCUCAGGCAGAUCCCAUUUAAGAUAGACUACAUACACCAUGCCCACACAUCCCAUGGAGAGACACGACCAAUGCUUUAGUGGAUUACAGAACAGCUAUGAAAAGUCCAUGAAUGAAGAUCACAAAAUGUAAGGCCUUCUUAUUUCACACUGUAUAUUCUUCAGGGUGGUAAAAUUUCUGCUUUUAGCAAAGACCUAACAGAUGGUUGCAAACAUCAGCAUAAAGAUCACUCAUCCCAUACCACCCACGGACAGAGAGAAGGGAUACUGUGGUAUAUGAAAAUAAAAGUUUUCACCUGAGCUGAGAGCAUUCAGCAUAUCAUGGUUCUGUAACAGUAUCAAGGACCAGUGCAGAAUCUGGCUUGCUUCUUUGCUAGGCUACCAGUUUGUGUAUAUGUGUGCUCAUUUUGUGGUUCUAAUCAUAAUGGUACAUAUAAUUAGGGAAGGAUAUGGAAGCCACAUUAGAAUCUUAAUUCAGUUAUAAAUAUAAAUAUACCUUGUUUCAAACUUUGUUUUCUUGAUUGAGGCUCUUUCCUGUGAGGGCUUGGUUUCCUUAUUGUUGACUGCUUUGUUCUUUGCCUUGUCCUUCCCCAUAAGGCCUGCAUGGAAGAUGUUUAACAAUGCAACUAAAAGAGAGUGAGCCUUGUCAGCCAAAGCUGGAAUGCUGAGCUGUCUGGAGGAGAACUUAAUAACCCAGUUUGGGGUUGGGGCCCAGGAAUCUGCAUUUUUUAAGUCAGCCUCCUUUUCCAGGUGAUUUUGUUUAGUACAAACCUUUUGACAGGUUAAUUUCACUUAAAUGCAAAGAUUACUUUUGUUAAAAACACCGUAGUUGCUUUCUAUAAGAGCUUAACAUAAAGCGUUUUUCCUCAUACCUACUUUGCACAUAUUUGUAUGCAGUUAUAAUUCCUAUGUGCCAGUGCUUCACACACGUAACUGAUGCAUCAGUUCUCACAACAACCCUAGGAAGUAGCUACAGGUUGAGCAUCCCUAAUCUGAAAAGGUGAAAUCCGAAAUGCUCCAAAAUCUGAAACCUUGCCACCAUGAUGCUUAAAGGAAGUGCCCAGUGGAACAUUUUGGGUUUUGGAUUUAUAAUGCAAAGAUUCUAAAAUCCUAAAACAUCUGAAAUCUGAAAAUACUUCUGAGUCCCAAGCAUUUCAAAUAAGGGACAUUCAGUCUGUAAUAUUAUAUGGUUACACAGCUCAGAAAGUAGGAACCCGGCUUUGAUUCCAGGCCAUUUGAUUUACAGAGCCGCCGCCAGCAGUGUACUCUAUACCAGUUCUAAAUGAAUGUUGGCGACUCCCCAAAAGGUUAAAAAUGAAAUAGAAGUUUAGAAUAUACACAUAUACCAAAUAUAUACAUACAGUUUUAAACUCGUCUUCUGGGUGGUGUAGUUAUUCCCAACUUUGUUUCCUAUUACCUGGAGAAAGUUUGUCCUGAUCGUGGCUUCUAGGAGGACAGGUAGCAGCUCCCCAGUCUCCUCCAUUCAGGACUGCAAGUGAAGUCAGGUUCAGCCCCACAGCUCUGCUCGUGGGGUGGGCCACCAUUCCUUCCUACCACAAACCACAUUUCUUGGACUAGAGAAGGGAUUGCAGCACACAUGUUCAUGUUAAAAUGUGAACUUUAAUUGUAAAAAUCAUUUUCUGUAAAUAUAGUUAUGUCAACCUCUCUGCACAUAACUUGGUUCAGAUAUAUACAGAUACAAUAUUCAUAGAUGUUAUUUGUACCACAGAACAAAAUCAAUUCAAGAAACAUUUACUCUUAGCUUCAGGAUUAACCCCAGCUUUCUUUAGGUCUUAAAAUUACCACCACUGGCAACAGAGAGAGCACGGCAUACCUGGGCACACCAGUAUUCAGGGCAAAAUUUAUUAAGUGUCUUACCAAUUUCAUAAUAUGAGGUAAAUACCUGAAACAAAAAUAGAUUCAGUCUCUCGUAUUGCUAUAACUCUUAGGCUGGGUUAUUAAUCAAAAUAGGAGUUUUACCUUUAAGGCGACAGGGAGGCUAUGCUGAUUCUUAGAAAGAAAUGGGAAAAGUUUUUCUAAGGCUACAACUAUUUGUUUAGGCUUAUUUUCCCAGACCUGUACAAAAAUUCAGUCAACAAGCUUUGGGUAAACACAGAAAAUUCAUUUUGCUUUCCUCUGCUCUCUGUCCCUGAAGUCACUCAUCCAGGGUGGUUGUUCAAAAGCCAAGAAUCUCCACCAUUCUUUACUUGACAAUCUUUGUGGACACAUUAGACCGAAACUUUUUUUUGUAACAUCAUCUUAAAAUUUUUAGUAUACUUUUUGUUUAGUUUACCCAAAGGAAGGAGUUUUCAUUCUAAUGUCAAUUAAAUAUCUGCAACCAUCCAACUCAGUGACCUCUGUGUGGACUGUUCACUUUAUGGAUCAUCUCUGGCUAAUUAAAACAUCCUGCCUCACCCCCACACUUGCUGACUGGCCUUAGAAAGCAAAGUAAAUUUAUUAUUAGUCUAAAUAAGCAUUCUACAGGAAACAUAAGUAAUUCAUACCUGGCCUACUAUGAAAAUUAAAUUUUCUGAAUUUAGAUCAUAUUAACUCUAGAAGCCCCACAGUAUGCUAAAAUUCGAGAAUUCUAAAAAGAUGAAAGCAAGGCUUUUUUUCUCCGUUGUCUUUAUAUAGCACUAGAAAAUUCUUAUUCCCUUUCUAAAUUUGCAAUUUCAUCCAACUGCCCCUAAAUUCUAGUUCCAAAAAUGAAUUAAAGUGCCAGUUAUAAAUCUACCUCCCACUCCCACCUCUCUCCAGUUAAGAAAGAGGCCCAAAAA